CCAUUUUCAUCGUCUCCAUUCCAACUACGAAAAAGAAACCCCAAGACGCUACGACCAGAAAAGUGCGCGACUGUGCGCUUUUCUGCACUCUUUCGGUUCUUUUUUUUUUUUUGGUUCUCCCCUUUCCUGAAAUUUUGUAUAGAUUACACAUAUUCAUACACAUUUAGAUAAUCAGAACUGACGCCAUCACAGAGGCUGGAGCUGGACAAGAAAAGGCGAAUAUAUGGAGGGAGACGCAGGAAGAGAUUUGGGAUGCCAGAAGACUAUGGAUGGGAAGGUGAAUGAGGACAGGUGUCACACUGAUAUCCCUUCUUGUUGCCUGAAAGCUCAGGCAUACACCCCUGACCCUGAGCUUCAAGCCAACUGCCAUGCAACAGUUGUUUCUGGAUGGUUUUCUGAACAUCAAUCUUCUUCUGAUAAUAAGGCUAAAAGAAUGUACUUCCACAAUCCCAUGUGGCCAGGGGAAGCACAUUCAUUGGCUGUAGAAAAGAUUUUGUUCAAGGAAAGGUCAGAAUAUCAAGAGGUCCUGGUUUUUGAGUCUGCAACAUAUGGAAAAGUGCUUGUUCUUGAUGGGAUUCUUCAGCUGUCUGAGAAAGAUGAAUGUGCAUAUCAGGAGAUGAUAGCUCAUCUUCCCCUUUGUUCCAUCAAAUCACCCAAAAAUGUUCUGGUUGUGGGUGGUGGUGAUGGAGGGGUACUUAGGGAAAUUUCUCGCCACAGCUCCGUAGAAUUAAUUGAUAUAUGUGAAAUAGAUAAGAUGGUUAUAGAUGUUAGCAAGAAGUUUUUCCCUGAGUUAGCUGUUGGAUUUGAGGAUCCUCGUGUUCAUCUUCAUGUUGGUGAUGCUGUUGAGUUUAUAAGGAACAUACCAGAAGGAAAGUAUGAUGCUAUUAUCGUUGAUUCUUCUGAUCCUGUGGGUCCCGCUCAAGAACUUGUGGAAAGGCCUUUCUUUGAGAUGUUAGCAAAAGCUUUAAGGCCUGGUGGUGUUCUUUGUAACAUGGCUGAAAGCAUGUGGCUCCACACUCAUCUUAUUCAUGAUAUGAUUUCUGUUUGCCAAAAAAUAUUUAAAGGAUCUGUUCAUUAUGCAUGGGCCAGUGUCCCCACAUAUCCAAGUGGUGUAAUUGGAUUCAUUUUGUGCUCAACGGAGGGCCCGCCUGUUGAUUUUAGGAACCCUGUAAACCCUAUUGAGAAGCUACAGGGAGCACUCGAGCAUCAAAGAGAACUCAAAUUCUACAACUCACAGAUGCAUAGAGCUGCAUUUGCCUUGCCAUCAUUUGUUAGGAAGGAGGUGAAAUCUCUUUGAUUGUUUUCUUAUUAUGUCUUCUGUCUUGUGUUAGUGAUACUCUUGUGGGUGUAGACUUAUGACAUAUUGGAAUUAAAAUAAUGGUGGGAUUUGGAAAAGAUUUCUUUGUCUAUUGUAUGUGAAUCCAAUUUACAAUUGAGAUUUUUCUUGCAUCA